AUGGAGUCUAAUCUAGCAAGCGGGACACACGCUAGCUACAUUGAGGUCAAGGUCACGGCAUUUGCGCACGUCACAAAAGCGAAAUAUUGGGUUGACGUCAAUGGCGCACGUGACCUAGAUUACAACUGCCCUGAGGCCGGAAAUGCGCAUGUUCGACAGAAACAUAGUAAACAAACGGAAAACCCAAUCCGACUGGUGCGCGCCGCAUUCCGAAGAACAGCAACGGAUUUCUUCCCUCGUGCGCAAACCGCAAAAAAGAGGAACCGAUAG